AAGGCAGGCAAGAACGCCGCGCCGCCGGAGUCCGCACCCGAGAAUGGCUUCAGGAGACCUUUACGAGGUGGAGCGGAUCGUGGACAAGAGGCGGAACAAGAAGGGUAAGUGGGAAUACCUGAUAAGGUGGAAAGGUUACGGAAGUAAGGAAGACACAUGGGAGCCAGAGCACCACCUACUGCACUGCGAGGAAUUCAUUGACCAGUUCAACAGCUUGAGACUGCACUCACACAAACGGCCCAAGGUUCCAAAAAAUCGUCAAGAGCUCCUCAUCACCAGCCAGCCAUCUGCUACAGAAAACGCGAGAGCUCGGUCGGAGGCCCGAAAGAAGAAAAGGACUUGUGGCCCGGCUGUUGGGGUUAGAGUAGGAGGUGUUCUAGGUAUUGGGAGUGGAGGGUCAGGACCCACUCAGAAGCAGAGGAAGGUGGGUGUUGGACCUGGGAAACAUGCUUUAGGGGACAGAAUUAGCAAAGUCAUGACGUAUAAGGCUCCUCCAUCGGGAGGGCCUCACUUUGUUCCUCCAGUGAGGGUUCCUCAUAACGGACUGCAAAAUGGGGCGAUGGAUCCUCUUAUGUACAGGACUGCAGCAAGGUCCCAUAGACUGCCCUCGGACAGUGUGGAUAGAGAACUAGGAGGCAUGGAUACCACUGGACAGAAGUUCACAGCUGAGCUAGGCUCCCCUCUGGCCAAUGGCAAGAUGCAUCUACACAGCUCAGUAAAGCGGAAGUUGGCCGAGGAGAAAGGCUACGUGUUCGACAAGCGACUCAGGUACAACGUGCGACAGAACGAGAGCAACUGUCGAUUCCGAGAUAUCGUGGUCAGGAAGGAGGAAGGCUUUACGCACGUCCUGCUCUCCAGUCAAACAACAGACAACAACGCUCUGACACCAGAGAUCAUGAAGGAAAUGUGUCGAGCCCUGGGUAAUGCAGCUGCUGAUGACAGUAAGUUAUUAUUGCUCAGCUCCGUGGGGACCGUUUUCUGCAGUGGCCUGGAGCCCUCGUACCUGAUUGGCCGUCUGUCCACUGACCGCAGAAAAGAGAGCAGCCGCAUCGCAGAUGCCGUACGGGAGUUUGUGUUGGCAUUCAUCCACUUCAAGAAACCCAUUGUGGCGGCAAUAAACGGACCUGCUCUGGGCUUAGGGGCCUCCAUCCUGCCCCUGUGUGAUGUGGUGUGGGCCAGUGAGAGAGCCUGGUUCCAAACUCCAUGCGCAGCCCUCCACCUCACCCCCUCUGGAUGCUCCUCUUACACCUUCCCUCAGAUCUUGGGCGUAGCUCUGGCCAACGAAAUGUUGUUCUGUGGAAGAAAACUCACAGCACAGGAAGCGUGCAGUCGAGGUCUGGUGUCACAGGUCUUCUGGCCGACCACAUUUAACCAAGAAGUGAUGCUGCGUGUGAAGGAGAUGGCAUCAUGCAAUGCAGUGGUUUUGGAAGAAUCUAAAUGCCUGGUGAGGAGCAUGCUCAUGUCAGUCCUGGAGGAAGUGAAUGAGAAAGAGUGUCAGAUGCUGAAGCAGCUGUGGUGUUCAACCAAAGGACUCGACGCACUGUUCAGUUACCUGCAGAACAAGACGUAUGAGAAGUAAACAUCCUCACCUAGAGAAUUGAAUGAAUGUGGGACAAAGGUUAUCUACAGAGGGACAUCCAGGAUGACAACGGUGUGAUCUCAUACUGAAGGAAUAGUUGCUUUAAGGGUCUUUGUUUCUGUCCAUCAGCAGAGGGGAUUCUCUGGAGUUCUGUUUGCUUACAUGUCUACCAACAACAACUGUAUUACCUUCUUGCUUUGUAAAUCAACUUGUAUUUUAUAUUUAUUGGACCCAGAACUGUCCACAUGUUUAUUUUCUAGGCGUCUAAGAGCAAAGUGCCCACGGAGGUUCUUCAGGGAGGUACAGUGUGUUUCUGUACAUAUGCCAGACUUAUGUGUUUAUGAAAUUAUCAGGAGGUAUGAAAUCAAUGUAUGUCUGAUAGCACGUGAUAAUAUAUAUUAAUAUAUAUUUAUUAAGUGUAAAAAAGAGUUACUUUCUGAAUAUAAGGGUUUUCUUUAGUUGCUUUUUGUUUAGAGCUGAGGUUUAAAUCAAAGUUUGCAUGAGGACACCGUUUCUUGCUCCUUACAUGCACAUCAUAAAUGCUCGUUCAUGUCAGUGGAUCACGUUCAGUGACUGUUUGAAAUUUCACGAAACACUCUGGAUAUUUGAAAGAAAAUGUAAGCUCUUUGUGAUCACACAAUUCAUUGUUCAUACUGUUAACGUCCGUAUUACACAUAACAGACAUCUUGUUUGCCGGUUAAUUUGCUAUCAUUAUCAUAAUCACCAUAAAUUUGCUCCUGUUAUAUGAAACCAAGAUUAAAGCUCAUGUACUAAUGAGACCGUCUGGUGAUUGGUGCAUAAGCACAUCAAAUAUCAUCAUCCUGUUGUCAACAUCCCUCUGUCUUAAGUUAUUUUCAACUUCAACAAAAACAAGAGUUUGAUUAAUCUUUUAUUUAUACAAAUUCAAUUUCAUAGAGGUUAGGACUUUUCUUUCAAGCAAGACUUAUUUGAAUUGAAAGGCAAAUCAGAAUGCUAAGUGGAAAUAGAGAACACUGGAAGCCUCAUGAGAAUGAUAGCACUAAAUAUACAAUGUAUCCAUUCUUAAUCAAAUGGCAUUUUGGGUUGAGUACAAAAUAUAUGAAUAAAUUAAGUGUGGCACAUAUGACAUGGAAGGAUUAGUAAUGGAUUUCAUCCCAUAUAGUUUCAGCUACGUAUAGAAGACGUACAUGCAGCACUGUGGUUGUUCAUAUAUGUUUAACAUGGCUUCUAGUUAUCAGUGCAGAUAGUUAUUGUGUGAAAUGCGUGAUCAUCGUCAUAAUUACUUUUAGUUCUGAUUUUUUUUUUAGAGCGCUCAAAAAAGAUGAUAAUUGCUUGGUCCUCAUGUUAAUCACAUUGUGACUACACUAAUUAUCAAUGUUCUAUAUUGUGGAAGUGCAACAGUCCAGUCCUGUAGCUGGAGUCGACUUUGUCCUUAUCUGCAUGUGAUGAUUCAAGAUUUCAAGAAAUUGUGUAUCGCAAUGUGCAUUAUAUGUAGGGAUCAACUUUGUUUUGCCCCAAAAAAAUGUACGUCUGUGAAAAUUGUUUCGUACAAUUAAGAAGAUAUUUGUCAAUUUUUGCAGUUGUACACAUGCAGCACAGAAUAAUAUAUAACGUAGACUGUCAUGUGUUACUAAUUGCAUGUAACAUACUGUACAUAUGAAUGUGUUGCCUGCCUGGACACCAGGGUAUGUUUUGUAUAAACAUUGUAAGUAUUGUUAGAAAUGGUGCAGUAUAUUUUUGUAUUUAUUUGAGAUAACUGUUUAGAUGUGCAGUGCCAGGUGGUUUCCUUUGCUCUAGAAGCCCCCCAUCCCCCCCGCUCUCGUAAACGCCCUUUCCAAAUUAUCCCAUAAAAACUUUGAUGAACUAAAUGGGUCAGAUAAUUUAUACAUAUAUAAUUUCAAAACCAAAAUGUGUAAACACUUUUGUCACUGAAAUGUUUACUUUUUCAUUUGACAUUUUCAGAUUAAGUAUUUUGUUGUAAAUUAUCAAAACCAUGUCAGAUAAUUUCAUAAUAUUGUAUUUUACUGAGCUUUAGAAAUUGAACAGAUGAUCAAUAAAAUUGCCCUUUAUUUUAUUUCAGAAGUGACAAUUUCAAGCAUAUUGGAUCAAUAAUGCUCCAUCAGGUUGUUUAAUGUUUUUUUGUGAUCAGUUUUAUGGCUGCAAUGGUUUGAUGACUCAUUUAAGUCAUUGAGUACUCAACUAAAAUGUUUUUUUCAAACAGCAAACAUUCGUUCAUGAAAAAUAAAACUAUUUGUGGUUGCAUUUUAGUGCACCUGAAGUUGUCAUUUUAUCCUAACUUGCCAGAUCUACAGUCAUCUGAAGAACAGGCAGUUUGGCGACCAAAGACUAUAGGUUUAAAUAAUCUCUCAGUAGUUGUUAGGAUUUUUCUUCUUUUUUUUUUAAGAGGGGUCCCUACAUCGCUUCUUCCACUUUAUUCCUUUUCUGUUGGUAAAUAAUACUUAAUACCGGCUUUUGCUUGGUUUUAGGGUCCCAAGAAGAGGAGUGAAUGACCUGUCUAAUGUGGCCACAGAAUGUACAUUUCUCAGGUCCACUGAGCGUUAAUCGCUGAUCCUUUAACACAUCGGCCUUCAUGUAUUAAUUCAUUUUAUUUAGUAUGUAAAAUAUUACCAAUCCUUUUCACCUCCUGAGAUAUUAACGCUUUCUUUACUUGUUUUGAACUAUUAGUUUCUGUUAUACACAUUGGAUCCAAAUUCCCACCUCAGCAUGUUUGAAGUGAUUUUGAAAUUUGAAGUAAAUAAUUUGUAAUUGAAAAAAGAACUACUCAUAUUUGCUACACUAUUUAUUGCAAAUGACUGUGGUUUUGACAGGUUUCUUUGUUUUGUCUUUUAUAACCACAAUAUCGUGUGUUCUUAUGUAUGCGUGAUUUAUCGUUCAUGGUUUUUUUCAUCAAUGUCUCAAAGCACACCUUGGGGUGCCUUACAAUUUAAAUAUAUAUGUCAAAGAUUGAUCCAUACAUUGUGAUGGGUAGAGUGAG